UCCGGCGCGUGGUGGGGCAUCGGCAAGAUGGCGGCCGUGGCGGGGGCGCAGCCGCAGCAGCUGCAGGGGCUCGUCUUUGGGGCUGCCGGAGGGGCCGGGCGUGGCUACAGGAAGAGGCUAGCAGAUGGCUUGGUCAAAGUUCAUCUGGCAUUGGGGAACAUUGCAAGCACGAGAGAGAGAGAGAGAGUUAAAAUUCUUUACCAAAAAAUUGAAGAUGCCAUAAAGUAUUUGGACCCUCAGUACAUUGACCGAAUGGCAGUUCCAGAUGCAGUGAAGCUGCAGUUCAUCUUGGCAGGACCACACCGUGGGUCAAGGACCAGUGUGAAGCGGUGACGGAGAAUGUCUGGUUACUCCUGGAAGAUUACAACAAAAUGGUAUCCUUUUUUUAACUUCAAUGCUCUUGGCUGAAGUGCAUCACCUCACGGAUCGCCUUUGCCUGUUUAUGGGUGGAAGCCGUUUCUCUUCUAUGAGCUCAGCUUUCUUCUGCCUGUUGCUCAUUCUUGUGCUUGCAGGACCACACCGUGGGUCAAGGUUUGUUCUUGGAAAUCCCACAUAAAAGCUGCUAAGCUUGAAGCUGAACAAACGACUGGUGGGAUUAAUAAAUGCUGGUGAGCCGGAGGGUGUGGGGAGGGAGGCAAGUUGUGCCGGUGCUGGAUUUGAUUAAAAGGUCAACCACAAGUUCUGUAUGAUUCAAAUCUGGGCUUUUCCAGGGGAAAUGAGUUGCAUUCAGAAAGAUACCAUGUUCAUCAGAAGCUGCUGGGACUGUAGUGUCCUUCCUUGACAUUAAAAUGAGGCUCAAUGUCUGUCUGUCUGUCUUUCCUCCUCUUUAAGAGUUUCUCUUUAAUUUGUUUUAGUUUUCACUCAACCAGUUGGUUAGGAACACAUGCGCUGUCAGACUAGCUGCUGUUUCUGAGGACCGUAAUAAAAUCCUAAUGACUUCCCA